AUGUUUAGCAGUCAAAAUAUAAAGAGUGGAAUUAAACGUGGUCAUAUUCUAAGCUAUAGCAAUGUUUUGUUGCAUCUCGAGCAAAAAACUUUCCGCAAAGGGCUAUCGACUAAUUCGAAUUUCAAAAGUCAAAACUUAGUAUUUCGUGCAUCAAGACCUGUUUUUUCGAGAUCAGUUUUGAGAAUUCCUAAAAGACAUGAAACAAGUGGAGCAGCGCCUAUUAAUUCAUUACCAGUUGGAAAUAAAAAAACAGCAAAAUUUAGGCUAUUAACUGUGGUGGGGACUUCAUUGGUUGGCAGCGUGAUUCUCUUGAUUUUAGAUUAUAGACGUAACCUAGUCGAAGCAGAAAAACAUGAAAUUAAAGAAUUAAUAUCGUGUGGACCAACGGGUGGCCCGAAAAAUUUGCCUAUUGCACAGCAUUUAACUGACGAAAAGGACUUUGAGGCUGAUAAACCACGGCUAUUGAUCCUAGGUUCCGGUUGGGGGGCUGUAUCAGUUUUGAAGGAACUUGAAAAAGAUCAAUACUAUGUAACAGUAGUCUCUCCACAAUCCUUACUGGAACCUAUUCGUAGUAUAUUAAAGAGGAUUCAUGGACAUUUUAUAGAGGCAAAAGCCAUAGAUGUAGAUUUUGAAAAUAAUCUAGUAGAAGUCAAACGAAGCGACGCGCCUGAUAAAUGCUUUUAUGUUCCAUAUGAUAAGCUCAUUAUCGCUGUUGGAUCGCAAUCAAUAACUCAUGGGAUCGAAGGGAUAGAGCACUGUCACUUUCUAAAAACUAUCAAUGAUGCCCGAAAACUUCGUAGAACUAUUAUGAAUAAUUUUGAAAAGGCGUCUUUACCAAGCACAACACCAGAAGAGAGAAAGAGACUUUUGAGUUUUGUUGUAUGUGGUGGAGGUGUCGAAUUUGCUGGUGAACUAUAUGAUUUUCUGACAGAGGAUCUUUUUAGAUAUGUGAGUUGCGAUUUCUCAUCUAAAUUGGUACUCGUAUCAAAUAUGACGUUAUUAACGUUGAUUCAGUUCCCCAUAGUUCUCCGAAAAGAAGUAAGGGUUUCAAUCAUCCAGAGCCAGGAUCAUAUACUGAACACUUAUGAUGAGAGAAUAAGUAAAUUUGUUGAGAAAAAGUUCAGUCGCGAUAAAAUUAAUUUAAUCACAAAUGCUCGAGUUUCCAAAAUAAAAGAGGAUUGUGUUGUAUACAAAUACCAAAAAACUGGAGAAGAAAAGGAACUUCCUUAUGGAUUAGUAUUAUGGUCAACUGGAAUCGCGAUGAAUCCGCUGACGAGAAUGAUAUCAGAAAAAAUUCCCGAACAAAAAAAUACGCGUGCACUUGUUACCGACGCUCGAUUGCGCUUAAAAGGUGUUCCAAACUCCACAGUCUAUGCACUUGGGGAUUGUGCAACUAUUGAGAAUCCAAAUUUAGUUAAGCAAUUGGUGCAGUUUUUCAUUGAUGCCGACGAGGAUGAGAGCGGUUAUUUAGAUUAUAAAGAAUUUAAGGCGCUAGCCCUCAAGAUUGCCAAUCGAUAUCCAAUUACAUAUAGCCAUCUGAAAAAAGCUUCCGAACUCUUUAGGAAGUAUGAUAAAGACAAAAACGAUGAACUUGAUCUUCAAGAGUUAAAAGAGAUGUUUCAAGAUAUCGAUAAAAAAUUAACUUCGUUACCAGCUACUGCACAAGUAGCGCAUCAACAAGGAAAAUAUCUCGGCAAAAAAUUAAAUAAAUUGGCACUUGCUGAGAAAACAAAAAUAAUUCAAACAAAUAAAGCAGAUGUAGACCAUAAAAAUCUUUCGCUUGAUUUAGAUGAUGCGUAUCCACCUUUCCACUAUGCUCAUCUGGGGUCGUUAGCGUAUAUUGGUAAUGCCGCAGUGGCAGAUUUUGGCAUGGGAUGGACAUGGAUGGGCGGCUUGACUGCUGUUUAUUUAUGGAAAAGUGUUUACUUAAGUGAGCAAGUCUCUUUUCGUACUCGAGCUUUACUCGCUUUGGACUGGACAAAGGUUGAGUUCAUUAAACAAGAAGCCAAAGAAAAAGCUCGUGAAAUACAAUUGAAGGCCGAUGAAGAAUUUAACAUCGAGAAGGCAAAACUUGUACGUCAAGAAUCAAUCAACAUCGAAGCCACCUUUCAACGUAAAAUAAAGCAAGCUGAAGUGGAAAAGAAAAUUGAACAGUCAAAUCUCAUUAAUAAAUCGCGUCUCAGGGUACUUCAGGAACGCCAACAAAAAUUGGAAAAUCUGUUUACUGAUUCUCGAGCCGCUCUCAAAGAUAUUUCGGAAGAUAAAACCAGUUACCAAGAUUUGUUGAAGAAUUUGAUAUUAGAGGGUCUCUUUCGAUUAAUGGAUGAAAAUGUCAAUAUAGUUGCAAGGAAAUCAGACAUUGAUCUAAUAAAUGCGGCCAUAAAAGAUGCAAGCAACGAUUACACUAAUCAGUCGAAAUUACCAAUCAAUAUUCAAGUUGAUUCCAAAGAACAUUUACCAGAUUCAAGAAUAAAUAAUACACUUGAGGAAAGGUUGUCUUUGGCUCAGGAAGAACUGCUUCCCGAAAUUCGUAUAUUGCUUUUUGGUCAUUCUCCAAACAGAAAAUUCUUCAAUUAA